GUGGAGAGGAUGAGGGUAGAGGGGGGAAUUCAGCAGAGAAAAGCAGAGGUAAAUAUGCGGCAGAGAGAGAGAGACUGGUCAGAAUGGGACAAGCUAAAAUCACAGGGUGAGGAUUAUCUUUUGCCCAAAAUGCAGCGUGGGUUGUAACUGGCAGAGGAGACUGAAGAGAUGACAGCAGGAUUGUGUUUGCUGUGUGAUGAUCCUGACUCUCCUAACCGUUCUCCUCCACAUAGGAGGACACGAUUUCUCUGUCUUCAUCAGCAGAAUCAGGAAACUGUAAGCAUCAUUCAUCAUCCCAGGUUCUGAGCACAUAGGUGUCCCACUUGCAGAUGUAAACAGUCAUGACCCUCACUCUGCUCAGGCAGCUCUAAGAAGGAGGACGCAAAACCAAAAGGAGAAUCUGGAAGAAAAACUGGGAAGCGUUCAAAACAGCAAAGAGGAAGUCUUCCUAAUUAUAGUAUCCUCAGUGAGCUGAAGCCCGUCCUUCUUGGCAGAUGAUGGGUACAACAGAGGCUACUUUACGCAUGGACAGCAUGGAAGUGAAGGACGAGUGGCAGGAUGACGACUUCCCCAGGCCACUACCAGAGGAUGGAGAUGUUGAGUCUUCAUGUGGCCUCACUGACAAUAGAACCAAUCCCCCCACCACUCUGAAUGUGGGAGAGUCAGCGGGCCAGCGGAAACGUCGCACCCUGGUCGCCCCCGACAUGAACCUGUCCCUGGAUCAGAGCGAGGGGUCGGUGCUUUCUGACGACUUCUUAGAAACGCCCGAUGACCUGGACAUCAACAUAGAUGACAUCGAGACCCCUGAUGAGACCGACUCGCUGGAGUUGAUCAACAAUGGCAAUGAGCUGGAGUGGGAAGAUGACACUCCUGUGGCCACUGCUAAGCGUCUCCCAGGUGAAAGCGAAGAAGAGAGAGACUCAUCUGGUCGUCUGUGGCGCACAGUGAUCAUCGGCGACCAGGAGCAACGGAUUGACAUGCAAGUCAUCAGACCAUACCUGAAGGUGGUCACACAUGGAGGUUAUUACGGAGAGGGUUUGAACGCCAUCAUUGUGUUUGCGGCCUGUUACCUUCCUGACAGCAGCUGUGAUGACUACACAUACAUUAUGGAGAACCUCUUCCUGUACGUUGUGAGCAGCCUGGAGCUGCUGGUGGCAGAAGAUUACAUGAUUGUUUACCUCAAUGGAGCAACUCCUCGCAGGAGGAUGCCCGGCAUCAGCUGGCUGAAGAGAUGCUACCAGAUGAUUGCCAGGAAACUGAGGAAGAAUCUAAAGUGUCUCAUCAUUGCUCACCCAACAUGGUUCAUCCGGACAGUCCUCACCAUCUCAAGACCUUUCAUCAGUGUGAAGUUCAUGGAUAAGAUCCGUUAUGUUCACACUCUGGAGGAGCUCAGCCAGAUCAUCCCCAUGGAGCAUGUGCAGAUCCCUGAGUGUGUGCUGCAGUACAAUGAAGAGAAAAUAAGAACGCAAAGGGAAAGACAUGAGCAAGACCAGCAGCAGACCAGCUCAACAUUGCCUAAAGAAAGGCCAAAGUCCAUGAUAGCAGAGGUUGGCCAUGACAUCUGACAUUAAGAGCUUUUAACUGAAGAACCAGUGGGGAACAAUCAUUCAUUGCAUCGAGAGCCUUCAUCAUACGCUUGUUGCACAUGAUUAAAUCCCUGCAGAUCCAUUAGGUGCAAGACAAUCAUAUCUCAGAAACUUGCCUGCUUCUAACUAAAAGGUCAUUUACACCAACAAGAUACAGCUAAAUCAGAAAGUAUCGGCGCCCUGCAUGUCAAGUUGAGCCUUAUCUACAGCAUGACUCAAACUAUAUAAACUAAAAUUUAUGGACUUGGAUGAACUCUCAAGCAUCUUCUGGCAGAGCUGGGAACAUUGUGUACAUACUUGUGUAUAUAUAUAUUUUGAUAAAGGUGUUUGCACAGAUAUUGAGUUAUAAUUUGCUUCCAUGGCUGUUUACUGAAAAACAAUGUGCAAUGAUAUUGUUCUUUGUAGAUUUACAAUAGAUAUUACUGAUGAGAGUGUGUUGCAGCUUUUGCUAUGCAGGUGGCAUUCUUGUUUAUAUCCUCCCGCUCUCAGUUACUCGUCUUUGUCCGUUUUGAAGCCAUUCAUCAUCAUGUUUUUAAAAGGUACUUUUACAAGACAGAAAGCAUACAUUGUUACAAAUUAAAUACAUUUAAAGAAAGAAUUUAUUGCUAAAGUAUUAUGAAAAUGUGCCAUUUUAUGUUUGUAUAAAAAUACAUGAGUGAACAAAAAGUUUUUGAUUUGUCACCUUGUCAAUUCAACCUGUCUGAGACAAACACAGUGUGACCCAUGUAUAUCUCUGCUUUUCUUUCUUUUUUUGCCUCUAAUUCCAGUUCGGUUCAGAGUAUUUUUGACAGUUUCUCAUGACUUAUUAAGGGGCAUAAUUUUUAUUUAUAAGUGUGCUGGCCAAGUCACUUGAUGUUCAUCAUCUCGCAAAGAACAUCAAGCGCUGCUCCUCAUAGUGGCUAUUUUGACUUAUUACUCUUGAAGUGAUCCCUCUUUAUUUUUAUAUGCGAGGUUAUUGUGUUCCCUGCACCACCAGGUAUUAGGACGAUAUGUGCAGUAACUUAUAAUAACCUGUAACAUCACUGCAAUCUGUUAACCCCAAAGAGACUGUUGACUUCUGUAUGUUCCUUGACAUUUGUACCAUUAAAUUUUAAGAUGAUUAUG